AUGUAUGGCAUCGUACAUGCCGACGAGUGGGACCCCUCCGGAGAACGCAGUACCAGGGGGGUUGUUAUGAAUGUCUUAAGCAUUGAAAAUCUACUGCAGAACAGCAGCGCGGAAACGGGUCAGGAAGACCCAGACAAGCUUCUUCCUCGAAUACUAGUCGGAUGUAGAUGCAGUGGCCGGUUUGAUGUGCAGCGUGUGGUAGAUGGAGUUCUCGCAGAAGAUGCACGUCCAGACUCUAUCGUCUACAGCCAUGUUAAUGCCAUGUGUACUCUCGUGAGGGACUUGGGAGCCGAAAGUAUUGCGGAUCGCCAAAAGCUGGCGACAUUAGAAUGGGACGCAUGGAAUGCCUGCAGGGAAGUUGCCUCUCUUAUAAGAAAGCUUGCCCCUCCAAAAGGAAAAGCUCCUUUAAUUGAACAGGAGCUUUCUGUGUGGGCCCCGGCCGACUAUGACCGAGAUAUUUCUGAGGGCGAGUGGGCAAAGACCCCCCCUCCAACGAGAGAGGUCUUUUGCCGAAGAGCAGAGUCGUUUAGUUUCGGGGUUCUUCGAUGCAUGGAGAGCGAGGGAGAAGUAAUGAGAGAGGCACGGCUGACUACCAGUACUGUGCAGCGACUGGAAAUGGCAAUUGACAUGGCGGAAAAGAGGCAAGCGUACGUGAAGGCUCAGCUCAGCCUAAAAAAUACAUUGGGCUAAAGGUCAGGUAUUGCUUUGGUGCACCUCGACGCACAACAAUCAUCAAGUGCGGAGUAUAAUAUAUGAACAUAACGAGAUUAACAAAGUAGUAUCCCUACAGCCCAGCCUUCCCACUCCCCAAUGCCAGCUAGAUGUGUCCGGUCGGGUGCGAUCAAAGAGAUUUUCAGGGCUUUAAUGUUGGCUCUGGUUUGCA